CAGAGCGACAUCUAUUUAAACGUGGACUAUAAAUAUUUGUCAGUCGUGCCUCUGCAGGUCGGACUUGGUUCAACAAGCCUUAAACUGUCAGGGUGUCCAGUCAUUAGUGAUAAACACACGAUCUCACAGCGCUACAAUCUAGGUCAGGAUGGGGGCGUUCUGGGGCCACGCUGACAUGGGGAUCUUCUUCAUGGCACUUGGACUCUGGUGGCUGUAUAACAUCUUCAGAGAUUAUUUUAUGAGUGGAUGUGAUUUGAAUAUAUUCAGAUCCAGGAUUAGCUAUGGACUGCCGUGUAAACCUCGGAUUCCUAUCGAAAUCAUCAUGAAACUUCUAUUUAUAGGCGGAGUUAUCCUGUUCGAGUUCAGCACGAGUGGCCUACAUUUCAUCAGCAAAGACGGGAACUUCCGAAACAUUAUCUACCUCCAGCAUCUCACGAUGUUUGGCAUCUUUUUCAUUCAUGCACUCGUUGACCUGAUGGAAUGGAUCGACGCCCCUGUACCCCGGGGGUCAGCUGCACUGACUGGGGCAUUCGCCUUUGGAUGGACAGCUCUGUCGAUGUACUACCAUGUGAAGGUGGGCAACAGGGAACAGGUGGACGUCCUCCUACACACCAUGCCUAACUACGUAAUCUAUAUGUUAUUGGCGAGCUUUCUGUACGAACAUUAUCAUGGUUACAAGGGAAUUCUCGCCCCAACAGUUCGAGCGUUCUCCUCGCUGUUUCUCGGGACCUGGUUUAUUCAGGAGGGCUGGGUUCUGUUUGUGCAUGAUAGAUUUCCUGGCGGUGAGAAGAAUCCGGAAUGGGACCUGGCUGAUGAGCGUAACGCCCAUUUUAUUCCCGUCGCCUUCGGAUGCCAUCUGUUGGUCGACUUUAUAAUUGUUGCCAUUUUAUAUGUUGUAUUGUACUUUGUAUACAUCCCCAAGUCGAGACUUGCAUGUCUCCGUCUCUGGCAGAAAUGGAGACCGCUGAAGACCAGUGACGAGGACGAAAAUGAAUGUCUGCUGCUCGGCAACGAUGACAAAGAGGACAUGUUUGUAUAAUCAAGUAUUUCCGUAGUACCAGAUUCCAUAGGACGAUUGUUAGUCCUGACGUGGUUACCUUUUUCAAUUUCUUUUUUUAGAAAUAUGAUUAAUAAUGGAUAAAUGUCGCGUCACCAUGACAAUUUCUUUUUGCACUGGAUCGUUCAUUGUGUACGUUGCGCAUGGUCGCUCCUUGCAUGCAUGCGCACUGUUACUCUUCGCUUGGGCGCGCCAAUGCGAACUAAGCCAUUAUUAUAUGGUGGCCCAUUCGUCAAAAACUUGCCUUUUAUAUAAUAAUAUAAAAUGUUCUGAUCCGACAACGUGAUAUGUCUCUGGCUUUCCUGAUUCACAGCUAUUUCCCUGUGGUUGUGAAUCAGCCAAUCAGAAGGGACCUUACAAACUUCGACGUUCUUUUUUUUACGUUUUGGGCCUGCCUAUGAAAACAAUUUAGACAAUGGAAAUGCUUGUUACAACAUGAAUUAAAUUAUUUAUUUAUAUAUUUAUUUAUUUAUUUAUGAAACUUUACAAAUUAGAUAUAUAUAACAUCCGUAUGAAAUUCUUGCAAUAUUUUUCAUGUAUUGAUUUUACAAAAAUAACAUUUUUCAACCCA